UAAAUAGUGAUUUGUGAAAAUUCUUUGAAUUUGUUGGGGAUUUGUAAGCUUAGUGAUGAUUUCAAUUACAAUAGUCUUUAUAUCUAGUCCACUGCAAUGUUUUAAGUUAUGUUGUUCAAACUCUUCAAAAAUAUUAUCGGAUGCGUGUCUGAUAUCCAAAAAUAAUGAAAAUGUUGUUGGAUAGUAAUGCAUGUUUUAAGAAUCCAACAGUAGUGUGACGGCAUAUGUUUUCAAGUACUUAUAAAUGCUAUGUUGUAGAAAAUCCCUAUAGCUUUUUCCAAGCAUCUGAAGGGAAUUAAUCAAGAACAUGCAAUAUUGAGAAGGGCUGGUAAGAAGUGGCGUGUGAAAGUGAACGGACGGCUAUUAGGAGAGGGUUGGGCAAAGUUUGUAGAGGAACAUGAUUUGCAGUUGGGAGUUUAUUGAUUUUCAGACAUGAAGGAGCAAUGGAGUUUGAAGUUUCCAUCUUUGAUUCAAAUCAAUUUGAGAGAGAAUACGAACAGACUCCGGAAGGAGUUAAUGAAGCAGGAGAGGAAAUGAAUCAUAACUGCAAGUUCACAUCACAAGAUUUGAGAGCAAAUGCAUCAAAUGCAUCACUUCAGCCCGAAGGAAAGAAGCCUAAUUUGGAUGCUAAAAGAGUUUCAUCCCGAAGGAAAGAAGCAAAUGUACUAGCUUCAACAUCUGCUAAUGCUGACAGUCAAUUUGUUACUAUUAUUAAGCCUUAUGCCGUCAUCCGAGCUCUUGUUUAUCUUCCAUCGGCUUUUGCAAGACCAAAUGGCUUGAUGAGACGUUGUAAAAUGAUUCUCAGAGAUGAGAAACAGAGGUCAUGGUCAGUGCAACUAGGACCAGUGGGACCUCGUUUUGGAAUUACUAGGGGAUGGCGACAGUUUAGAGAAGCAAAUGCUGUCCAAGUAGGAGAUACUUACAAGUUUGAACUCAUCGACAAUGGCACAAUACCUGUAGCGUAUUUUUGUUUAUCUGCAAUUGGCUUUUGCAAAAUCAAAUGGCUUGGUGAAUAAACGCUGUAAGAUGAUUCUCAGAGAUUUGAAACAGAGAUCGUGGCCAAUGCUGCUAGUACCUAUGGGACAUCACGUUGCAAUUAGCAGGGGAUGGCGACAGUUAAGAGAAGCAAACAAUGUCCAAAUUGGAGAUCCUUAUAAGGUUGAACUCGUCAAGAAUGGCAUCAUACCUAUAGCAGUUUUCCAUUGUAAAUAUUCUGGCAAAGAAAAAUCAGCUGCUGGUGAUGUGCAAGGGAAACAAGUACAGAAGAAUAUAAUUUUCUUUCUUUAUACAAAUAGUUUUUUGGAUUUAUUAUUAACUUUUUCUAGUUAGUAUACUUAGAUUAUACAUAUUAUACAUUCGUUGCUCUUUUUGAUUUUGCUGGUUUUGUGUUCGGCUUAGGGCUGUUCAAAAUCGAACCGUAUCCAAUAAGCCAACCGCAAAAUUAACUUAUUGGCUUAUUGGUAUUGGCUUA